ACCCAAGGAAAGCGUGGACAUUCAACUUAACGCAAGCACGGGUAUUCCGUAGGAAUCAUGGUUCUUGUUAGGAUUUGCCUUUAAAUGUGACAUUUGGGUCUGGAACAAGCCUUAAACACAAAUGCACAUGAAAAUGGGUCGCUCUGUUCUGGUCUUCACCUCCGUGGUAUCCACGCUUGGCGGCUUUGUAUUUGGGUAUGAGCUGGGAAUUAUCUCUGGAGCCCUUCUCCAACUCCAGACACAGUUCCACCUCAACUGUGUCCAGCAGGAGGCGGUAGUGAGCUCUCUUCUUAUUGGGGCACUUCUGGCCUCUGUGAUCGGGGGGAUCCUGAUCGACCGGCAUAGCCGGAGGAACCCCAUAACGCUCAGCAACCUGCUCAUCGUCGGCGGAAGCAUCGUCCUGGUCUCCAGCUGCUCUGUCUCUGUGCUGGUGCUGGGCAGAAUCACUGUGGGCUUCGCCAUAUCCUUAUCCUCUAUGUCCUGCUGCAUUUUUGUGUCUGAGAUGGUGAAUCCAGAACGCAGGGGCCUCUUAGUCAGCCUCUAUGAAGCUGGCAUUACAGUCGGCAUCCUGGCCGCCUAUGCCAUGAACUACAUGCUAUCCAGUGUCCCGGAAGGAUGGAAAUACAUGUUUGGUUUUCCCAUCGCUCCAUCGCUGGUUCAGUUCAUCUCCAUCUGGUUCCUCCCAUCCAACCCUGGAAUGCCUUUGAGAGAGACCUCAGAGGCCCAGGCUCAGACUGGGCUUAUGCAGCUGGCCAGUGCUGAGGAGACUGAAGCUGAUGGGAAUAACACAGACUGUUCAGACAAACGACAAAAUGUCCUUGUUGUUCUGUUUCAGAGUAAAGACAACAUGCGGAUGAGGACGUUCAUUGGUCUGGGCCUUGUGCUUUUCCAGCAGUUCACCGGCCAGCCCAACGUGCUGUUCUAUGCCUCCACGAUCUUUCAUUCAGUGGGGUUUAAGUCCGGUGCCUCUGCUGUGCUAGCUUCCAUGGGGGUGGGCGUCACGAAGGUCAUUGCUACCUUGGUGUCAAUGAUCUAUGCCGACAGAGCAGGUCGGAGAGUGCUGCUGAUUGGAGGAUGCACCGUGAUGACGGUCUCUCUGAUCAUCAUUGGCCUUCUUAGCAACCAAUCACUACACAGUGAGAGGGGGAGGUACUGUGACACUAACAGGUUCCAAAACGGAAGCUCCCAGUUACAGGAUCUCACAGAUGGGAACUUAACACCCCUCCCACUAGUUAUUCUGAACCGGACCCUCGAAAAUUAUGAAGAUGUGAAGGUUGCAGAGGAUGAUGGUUCGCAGCAUUUGGAUACUUCUAGUUCCAAAGGUUUGCAUUUGAACCCAGCACCACACAGCUCUGCUUCAUCCCCAGUACCAGACAGGACCACAGAUCAGGGGGUCAUGAACUGGAUCAUCUUAAUCAGCAUGAUGGCUUACGUCAGUGCCUAUUCAAUAGGAUUUGGGCCGAUGACUUGGCUUGUACUCAGUGAGAUAUUCCCUGUUUGGCUGAGGGGAAGAGCUUUUGCCUUGGCGAGCUGCUUCAACUGGGCUGCUAAUCUGAUUGUUACUUUCUCCUUCUUAAGCCUGAUCGAUAUUGUAGGUCUGUCCUGGACUUUCCUUCUCUAUGGCACGAUUGGAGUAGUUGCUGUUGUGUUCAUCUACAUCAUGUUACCUGAGACCAAAGGAAAAUCCCUUCAAGAAAUCGACAAGGAACUGUCCAGGAGCAGGUUUCACAAUGGAGGAGAAUGCUGUAACGUGAUGAAAAUAAGAGUUUCGUCAGUGGGCUAUGAAAGAGUGACUGCAGCCAGCAUGUCUGUGUUGUACGCAACAGUUCCAUAGACCUACACUGGUUAAUGUUCCUUUUUAGGUCUUGCUGCAUGACAUUUUCUCAUGGUGGGAACUGCAAAGCAAAAAAUCUGUGAAUAGUAGGGAAUCGUGACUACGGGUUCAUGUGAGAAUCCUCAUGCUUAUUUAAAUAAGUUUUGUAGGAAGCUUCUUCCAUAUGUUGCAGAACAGUUAUUCUUUCCAAUUCAUAGUUUUAUUGAUAAACGAGGGAACUUCUUAAUGUUAAAAGAGAUCCGUUCUUGGGGAUGCAAAUAAAGUUGUAUUAAAGGGAGCCUUUGAAAUACAGGAGAAAUAUAAUUUUUAAAGGUGAAAUAGAAUGAAAAAUUGACUUUACCUCAGCGUUGUUGAAUAAGGAGAGUUUUGGUACAUGGAACAAACAUGCUGUGAGUCUGUGAAUCUCAAACACUAUUUUCCACUCUUUCCAAUAUAAAUCCCGGAUAUGUAAGAGAAAAUGGGUAAAAUGGGCUGAUUCAAAAAUCCUAAACUGUUACAUAACAGACACCCCCAAACUUAACACACACCAGCCCACUUUCAAGCCCAAUGGACCUGCACUACCUGAAACGUAUUAGUGAUGGGCGGAAUGAGUCCUUUUUUGGGAUACAGUUAGUUUAACUCCCUUCACCUAAACGACUUGUUCUGAUUCGUUCAAUAGCUGCUGAAUAGAUGCUGAAUUUCUGUUACGACUAAGGUACGGCUCUCUCAUUCAGUAGCAUAUCUGAGUCUCUCGUUCACUGACUCGCUUACCAAUUCGUUCACCCCUUCAGGUCCCUCCUUCAGAACUAAACUAGAGACUCGCGUUCAUUUGUUCACUGUAGGUAUUCAGCCCCAGGUUUAGUUUCCAGCCAAUCAAAUGCUCACUUACAGCACACCUUUACUGUACAUGCCUCCCUGGGUCUUUCUGGCCAAAGUCAAGUAGGAAAGCAACAUUCACGUUAUAUUUCUAAGAACAAGCGGAAGAACGAAAAGAACAAAUCUUUGCAGAUAGGUGAACAUGAGUGAUUAGUUACUGUAAGGGACUCUUUCCCUAUGAGCAAAUUGUUUGUGAACAUUGCACCAUUACAACAUAUAUUUUCUCUCUAGGGGCAUAUGUGUACAGUUUUCCCUAAGUAUGCCUGGGGAGGGAAGAUACAGACAGACAGUCCAGCUACAAUACGCGAUAGCACACCGCAAAUCUGUUCUAACGUGAUUGAUAUUCUACUACCCAAAUCCUUGCAGAUACCAACAGCAGCACAACUGCGUCUGAUAAAAGCAGACUAGCAUGCAAACGAGAGUCUUAGUUGGAGAUGUCUGCUGUGAAAUCUUUCCUAUGACCACAAAACUACAUAGUGCAUAUCCUGAGUGGCGAGUGGGUGGACAGAUGUGUGUAUUAGUCCUGAAGGUGACCAUUUAUCAUCUAAAUAUAUCUGAUGAUACCAAAAAGUAGUUGCUUUUAAAAAUAUAAUUCAGAAAAUGGCAAAUUGUUGCCAAAAGAGAAUGUGAACGUUCGUUAUCCAUUUUUUCCAUUUUUGAUUUGAGCACAAAAUUGGAAAUCGUAACGUCAUUCGUUUUGUCAUUUUGUUUUCAGAAAUGGAUAUUGAAAAAAUGAGUGUUUUUGUUAUUUGACUUUCGGCUUUAUUUAGAAAGGCGAAUGAGUGAAUAUACACAGAAUUGAGUUCUGCACAUUCAGUAGAAGCUGUUACUAGGCAAUUUUCAUGAAACUCAUGGAAGAUGUUUGAUAUUUUAUUGUAUUACUUUUCAUUAAAAUGUAUAUACUUACGUUAUUGGCCACUGGUAUCACUGUUAUUAUUAAUUCAUUUUGUUUGGCAUAACAACUACUAAGUUUUGGAGGCUCAUUCCCCUGACCCCAUUUUUUCAAAUUCGAUUUGUAUUUUAAUGAACGUGAGGUUUUACCUGAAAUGCUUUAGUCGCAUUGUAAUGACUGGGAAUGACUGUACUGAAAGCCAUUGAUGUAAGGUUAUUUAUAACUUGUAGCCUAAGAAAGUAAGUCCUGUUGAGGGACAUAUUUUCCAAAAGCAUAGUUAGAACAUUCAGUUGCACGUUCCAACAAUGUAACCUGCUAACCUGGAAACAUACCCCAGGUUAGCAGGGUAGUAAACAGAGUAGUAAACAACAUUAUGAAGCCUGUGAUACUGACAUUCACAGGAAGCUCCUGUAGGCCUACUACCUGUAGCCUACUUUUGGUUAGCUAAACAAAUAUCUAAUCAAUAAUGACAAAUAUCUAAUCAAUAAUCAUUUUAAACAAAUUUCUGAGUUGCAUAGCAUAUAGUGUUUGGAGUUAUUGACAAAUAUUGCAUGAUGAAACUAUCAUCGUAAAGUCAUUUGCUGAUUGAUACACAAAAUAGUGUUCCCGUUACAAUGCUUAAAGGGAAAAAAAAUCACGACCAUGUUAAGGUUGUGCCAAGGCUUAAGUGGGAGUAUUACGUUUGACGAAUUGUGUUAGGAUAAACUGAAUGACAAAACUUAUGACAGGGAUGGGUCUUGAGGAAUGCAUCAUUAGGCAAUUUCUGAUGUUGUGCAAACAUCAGAGUGUACAAAAGUAGAUGGUUUAGCCCAACUACACACCUAGGCCACAGUAAACUUUUUUUGCGAGUACCUUCUAAAAUAAUAAAAGUACAGUAAAUACAUAACCAACUUGCAAGCACCUUAUUGUGUAUAAAUGUGUAUAUAUAUAUAUAUAUAUAUAUAUAUAUAUAGUACCUCAGAUUCUAUUUAAUAGUUUACUAUGCAUUUGCUGACACGUUCCAAACCAAAUCUCGUUGUACUUACAAUGACAACAAAACAUCUAUCUUUAUUUUUACAUAAGCUAGUAAGUUAUCAAGUACUGUGCAUAAUUGUAUGUGCGAUACUUUGAUGGCUGGCAGUGCAGUAAGCUUGUGUUCACCAGCAUCACCACAAACAUGUAAUGCGUUGCACCACAAGGGCACUAGGCAAUAAGAAUUUUUCAGCCCCAUUAUAAUCGUUGACUGAAACGUCGUUAUAUGGCACACGACUGUAGAAAUGUUGGUUCCGUGUGAGCUAUCGCAGUGCCACAAACAGCCAAUCAAAGCAGAGUUCAUCAACAUAUUAAUGUGCCCACCAAAAAGGGGGAAGCAGAGUGUUGCAUUCUAGGGCCAAACAAUACGACUUUAAACGAGCCAGUAAAACCACUUCAGGACGUUUUGACCAAAGAACAAUUUGAAAUACUGAAUAGAUGCAUUCUAUGGCACCGUUAAGCUGUACAUUUCAGUAACCGUUUAAACUGUCAAUGUAAUGUGGGACAUGUAUUCUUGAUAAAUAAAACAUUUAUUUACACAUUCUUACAUACUGCUUUUCCACAUAAAGACAAAUAUAUACAGUGAUGUCUUUAAACAACUUCACUCCAAUGGUGCAUGUAUUACAGGAUUUGAAGUUUUUGUUUUUUUUUGUUUUUUUUUUUAAACUAAAGUUUAAUGCAUACGUACAGCCUGGGUCAAAGUUUACAAGACCAUGAACUGACAAAGUUCUUAUCAAUGGCACUAUAAUGUAAGGUUCCACCCUUCAAGUUUUUCCAUUGUCAUUCAAUGUUUACAGAAUAUAACAAAGCGAAAACCAAGUGUUAAGGUAAUUAACUGGUUAACAGGAUAUUGGUAUGCAACUCAGUCAAUCCUCAAGACACCUUUUGCAUAAAAACUCACGUUUUAAA